AUGAAGACUCAGUCGCGGCAUUCCCCGGCCGCAGCGAGUCCUUACUCCUACCACCAGUCUCAUGCCUCGCGUUCGCAUAGGGUCGCCAAGCACACAACCUCACCAGCAACCUCACCGAAAGCGCCGUAUUCUGUCGGACAAAACUACCCGCCCAUGCUGUCUCCUACCAUGACCGUAGACAGCGCCCGGGCGCCGAGUCCCAACUACUUUGGGCUUGUCAUCGAACCUAGCAGCGACCCCAGGGAGUCGUCCGCACUGGCUCAAGAGAACUGGAGUCCUGGCUCGUCUGUAAAGUCUUUUGCCGCUGCGCUACCGAAACAAAUUACCCUGGACCCAAAUCCCGAAUUCGAAGCGUUCAAAAAGGCCGCCGACCUGAGCAGAGGCAAACCUCUCUCCAUCGCCACGCAUGCCACGCUGCCGACCUCGCACCCUACGCCUGUUCGACCCCGGCCGCCGAGAUGGCACACUUACACAAGCGAUGCUGGCUCUGAUGGCUCGUCUCCAAAGGCCAUCCGAUCUCUCAAGCCAAAACCGACAAGCAAGAGCGAUGUCGACCAUGACAGCCUACACGACUCGGCUUACAUCUCCUCGGAUUCGAAACGCAACUCCGAGUCGUCGUUGAUACCGACACAGCUGACGGGCACGACGCCGCUCGAGUCGCCUGGACAAAUCGAGACGCCUCACCAACGACCCUGUCUUCCUCGAGCAGAUCCCCGCGAGUCCCGACUAUCCCUGGCACUCCCCCAGCCGGAUGCUCCUUCACCUGAUCUGACGGAUCAAACGCGUGCCAGGACCCUGCCACCAAAGUUGGAGCAUGGUCCGUCGUCCAUGAUAUCCGGUGCUCAGCUCAAAGAACUGAUGGAGUCCGUUGGAAAGAGCAAGAUGCUCUUGUUGGAUAUCCGCUCGUCCCAGAGCUUUGCCCAGUCUCGUAUCCAGGGUGCACUGAAUCUGUGUAUACCGACCACACUGCUCAAGCGUGCAACCUUUAACCUCAAAAAGUUGCAGCAAACUUUCCAGGGCAACCUGGACUCGAAUCAGUUCUCCAAAUGGCGGGACAUGGACUGGAUUGUAGUCUAUGAUGCGCAUGCUUCCGAUAAGCGCGAUGCCGUCACGGCGCAAAAUAUGACCAACAAGUUUACUAACGAGGGCUACCAAGGAAAGACAGCCAUUCUUCGUGGGGGAUUUGCAAUGUUCAGCGCUUCAUUCCCCCAACUCGUCGACACAUCGUCCAGUUCACAAUCACCCCUGCAGGGGAAUUGCCGCAGUGUCAGCAAGAGCACACUUGCCCCGGUGAUAGGCGGCGUCAACCUGCCCACAACUGACAACAACCACAAUCCAUUCUUUUCCAAUAUCAGACAGAAUAUGGAUCUUGCUGAUGGUGUGGGCCAAUUUGAAAUCGUGCGGCCUCGAGACUUGGACUCGCCUCUAUUACCAACGUGGCUUCGCGAUGCCUCGUCUCGUAGCGAUCACGGAAAAAUGGUCUCCAACAAGUUUCUAAAUAUUGAGCUGGACGAACAGUCACGGAUGAAGGCGGCAUUUGCAGCCUUUCAGCCUAACCAGAAGCCACAAGACUGCAAGUUCCAACUAUGUGGCGUUGAAGAGGGCACCAAGAACCGUUACAAGGACAUCUUGCCCUUUGAGCAUGCCAGAGUUCGACUUCAAGAAAUACAUAGGGGGUCGUGCGACUACGUCAAUGCCAGCCACUUGUCUGCAUCUAGAAGUUACAAACGAUACAUUGCUACCCAGGGGCCACUGCCCGCGACGUAUGAGGACUUUUGGUCAGUCAUCUGGGAGCAAGACGUCCGCGUCAUUGUCAUGUUGACGGCUGAGAGUGAAGGUGGUCAACUCAAGUGUCACCCGUAUUGGAAGGGGAGAGACUUUGGACCCAUCAGGCUGAAGGCAUUGUCGGAAAAGAAAGCUUCUCUGGACAUUGACAAACAACGAUCUGAACCGAAUUCAGCCCCGUCCUGGUCCUCGUUACCCGAGUCGGGACGUAGACGCGCAAACACGACAGCUAAUAGGCUUCAGUCGGCCAACUCAGCAACGCCACAAGGCCAGGGACAGUCGGAGACGCCGUACGUCACGAUUAGAAAGUUUGCCCUGUCUCACGCCGCGCACCCGUUUGCCCCCAUCAGGGAAAUCACCCACUUGCACUUCGCCGCAUGGCCAGACUUUGGAACCCCCGCUCAGCCAUCCCACCUGCUAGCUCUGGUCGAGCUUGCCAACGUGAUGCAACGAGCGGCCAUGCCAGUGGAGACGAGUUCCAUUGUCGGCUCCAAGGUACCAACGAUUGACUCGAUCCCGGUAACCUGGUAUGAUGAACCGGAGCAAGAUGCCAAUUCUCGGCCGAUGCUGGUGCAUUGCUCGGCAGGAUGUGGACGCACUGGAGCCUUCUGCACGGUUGACAGUGUCAUUGACAUGCUCAAACGCCAGCGACAGGCCAACGUCUCCGCGUCGUCACGACCCAGAGACAGCGAGGGCGAUGUCCCAAUGGACGCUCACGAAGAAGCUGCCUCUCCAGCGAUGACGGGGGCGCCUGGCUCCCGUGGCUUCUUUGACCGAGGCAUGGGUGCGCAUACUUGCCAGACGCGGGAGUCAUUUGGCAUUGAUACGGCGUGGCUGCGAGACGACGGCGUUGACCUGAUCCAAAAGACGGUGCAAGAUUUCCGAGAACAACGGCUAAGCAUGGUGCAAAGUUUACGGCAGUAUGUGCUGUGUUACGAAACCAUUCUGGAAUGGUUGAGUAGGAUGCAGGAUGGGACUUUGAGCAAUCGUAUGGGUGGGCGGGCACGAAGCGGGAGCCUUCAACAAGCGAGACGCUGA